AUGCCGGAGUCUGCGGAACAAGCGUCGGGCACAUCAGUGAGUGCAACUCCUGGAAAAGAUGCAAAAGAAAGCAUUAAAGAGAAGAAAUUAUCAUCAGGUUCGUUGGGUGGAGCAGACGGAGCUAGACCAAAAGUUGUUACAGUGAAACAUCCAGAAUCCAAUAAGCCCAAACCAACUGUCAAGAAAAACAAACCCAUCUUGGCAGAUCUUGACGUUACCAAAGAUUUUCUGAGAUGCAAAGAAGACGGGGUGACGAGGCUGGAUUUAAGCAAAUCUAGUAUCACUCAGUUGCCAUCAACAGUACGUGAUUUAACUCAUUUGGUAGAAUUCUACCUUUAUGGAAACAAGCUUGUGACUCUUCCCCCAGAAAUUGGAUGUCUAGUCAAUCUCCAAACUUUGGCACUGAGUGAAAAUUCUCUUACCAGUUUACCUGAUGCUCUUGUAGGCCUGAAAUCACUUAAAGUUCUUGACCUCCGACAUAAUAAAUUGAAUGAGAUACCAGAUGUUGUGUACAAGUUAACAUCGCUCACAACACUCUUCCUUAGAUUCAAUAGAAUUAAAAUUGUGGGUGAUGACAUCAGACAUCUUACUAAUCUUACCAUGUUAAGUCUAAGGGAAAAUAAGAUAAAAGAAUUGCCUGCAGGUAUUGGUAAGCUUGUAAAUCUUAUUACUUUUGAUGUCUCUCAUAAUCAUUUGGAGCAUUUACCAAUGGAAAUAGGAAACUGUGUGCAACUAUCUACUCUGGAUCUUCAACACAAUGAACUUUUGGACAUUCCUGAAUCAAUUGGAAAUUUACAGUCGUUAAUAAGGUUAGGAUUGCGAUAUAACAGGCUAAAUGCAAUACCCAAAUCUCUCAGUAAUUGCAUUCAUAUGGAUGAAUUCAAUGUGGAAGGUAAUGCAAUUUCACAACUUCCUGAUGGCCUAUUGUCAAGUCUUUGCAACUUGACGAAUAUAACAUUAUCAAGAAAUGGAUUCACCUCAUACCCAGCAGGAGGACCAUCUCAGUUUACUAAUGUAGAUUCCAUAAAUUUGGAACACAAUCAAAUUGAUAAAAUUCCAUACGGAAUAUUUUCACGUGCCAAGAGUUUGACGAAACUAAACAUGAAAGAGAAUCAAUUAACUUCACUCCCUCUUGAUGUGGGUACAUGGUAUAAUAUGGUGGAAUUAAAUUUAGGAACAAAUCAACUCACCAAAAUUCCUGAUGAUAUUCAAUGUCUACAGUGUUUGGAAGUUCUUAUUCUCUCUAAUAAUCUAUUGAAAAGAAUUCCUGCAAGCAUAGGGAAUUUGAGAAAACUUCGAGUUUUGGAUCUAGAAGAAAAUAAAAUAGAAACAUUGCCAAAUGAAAUUGGAUUUCUUCGUGAUUUACAGAAGCUGAUUUUGCAGUCAAAUCAAGUCACAACACUUCCAAGGGCUAUUGGGCACCUGACAAAUCUGGAUUACUUAAGUGUGGGAGAAAAUAAUUUGACUUACUUACCUGAAGAAAUUGGAACCUUAGAAAAUUUGGAGUCUCUCUAUGUCAAUGACAACCCAAAUUUGCAUAAUUUGCCUUUUGAGUUGGCUUUGUGCAGUAAUUUGCAAAUAAUGAGCAUUGAAAAUUGCCCUUUGUCACAAAUUCCUCCAGAAAUUGUUGCUGGUGGACCCUCCUUAGUAAUACAUUUUUUGAAGAUGCAAGGACCAUAUCGUGCUAUGUAA